UUAAAUCAUUAGAAAAAAUUUAUAAAAAAGAACAAUUUUAAAUCCGAAAUGGACUUAAAUGCUAAACUCUCUUGCGAUGGGUUUCCAUCCGCUAGUACAAGUAGCGAAAAAAUAAAAUUUUAUUAUUCUUGUGAUCCGGACAAAGCUGUGGCUGGAUCCGUUAGUAAACAAGCGCUCCAGCCAAAAACAGGUGGGGAUGCGUCUUGCAUCGACGUUUUGAUUACUUCUAGCACAACAAGCUCGUCGACUUUAGAAAGCGCUGUGCUUAAUGCGGCUUGUCGCGACCCGAAAGUAUCAUUGCUUGAACCUCCAGAUAUAAGCUACGAAAUGUGCCUAGCCAAAUCCAUAAUGCAGCAAUUCAGUUCAAUUAGCGGUGAUAACUUAUACGAUCAUCUCUCAGAUAUCAUAAAACGCAUUAUUGAUGAACGUCCCCCUAACGUUAUAGACUUUUUUGAAGAAUUUAGUCGUAGCGUGCGGGAACAAAAAUUUCAUUUACCAGAACGUUUUCCGCCUAAUGCCGUUUUUGAAGAAAGUCGUAUGUAUCGCAUCGCUAAAAAGCAGCUGAUUUCGAUGAAGCUCCCAUAUCAGGAUGAUUCGAGUCCACCCAUAGCUGAUGAAAUGGAAGAGGAACGAGCGGAACAAGCUGAAGAACUCAAACUGGACAUAGAUUUAAGACCAGUGUCCAUAUAUCCACCUAUCAUAGAACGCGUGCAACAUAUGCAUUUUUUCUGGAAUCAAUGCGGUUUCAGUAUCAGCAGCGACGAUAUUUUUCAAUUAGCAUGUUCUAUGACUCGUCUGCAAACUCACCCAUCGAUUUUGCAAUGUCGCUUUUGGGGUAUUAUUAACGGGCUGAAGGCUCCUUAUUACGUAGUUGAAGCUUAUCUAACAAAUGAAGAGAUUGAUUCCCGUCUGGCGCAAAUGGAGAGAGAAAUGAUUGAACGUUUUAAAAAACAAGAAACACCAUUAGCAAAGGAAACAUUAUUACCUAAAACUUUGGGUGCUGAAUUAAUACCAGGAGCAGUCGGAUGGGAAAAUUGGCCCGACGAAGAAUUAAUGGGAAUGAAGCCUGAAGCAGCCGAGAUUCCAACCCCAGAAACUAUUGAUGUUUUUGACAUUCCUCCAGAACCAAUCGGUUUAGGUGUGAACCGCUACGUAUACUUUGUGGUGAAUUCACUUUCGGACGAAUGGAUAGAGUUACCGAUAGUUACGCCGAGGCAAAUUAAAUUAUCAAGACAAUUGAAAAAAUUCUUCACGGGAAACUUGGAAGCCGAUAUCGUGUCAUAUCCUUGCUUUCGAGGCAAAGAAAAGCACUAUUUAAGAGCCAUGGUAUCUCGUAUUACAGCAGGAACUUACGUUGCACCCCGUGGUUACUAUCGGAAAAUGACAAAAAAAGAACGCCGCCUAUUCGAUGGAAUGGAUGAAGAUGAAGGAGAAGAAGAAGAGGAAGAAGACGAAGAAAUAGUGGGUGAAGGAGAGGAAGAGGGAGAACCAGAUAAUGACGUCGUCCUACUGAAAAACGAAAAGUAUGAAAUAUUGCCGGUAAAGUCUCUCAAUUCUGUCGAUAAAUGGCUACAUAUACGUCCCAAUAUUUUGGAACAAGGCCGCGUUAUAUGGUUUGAUGAGGAGAAGGCUCGCCGGGAAAGGGAGAAAGAGCGCAAACGUUUGGAAAAAUUACGCCUUAUGGAAGAGAUGGGUGAAGAAGAAGGGGAAGAGGAGGAGGAGGAGGAAGAAGAGGAGGAAGGUGAAGAGGAAGGAUACAUAGAAGGUACUAAUAGAGAAAUCGGUCCCAACAUCCUUUCGGCUUGCUCGUUCGAUAAUAACACAGAAGUUCCCGUGCCUUGGGUUCGUCGUUUCACCAGCAACUAUACUAAUGAAAAGGAGCGCAUGCUUGUAAUGCAGUCAAAUAUUUGGCCUGGCGCCUACACAUUCAUCCAUCAGGAUAUAUGUGAAUCUAUUUAUAUGGGUUGGGGCCAUAAAUCCGUGUCGCGUAAUAUGCCUUGGCUUCACUUGCCCCCCGAAGCUUUCGAGUAUCCUCAUGGCCCAGAAAGUUUUGUCGAAACCGAAGAUCCUUCUGUGGAAAUGGAAGAAGCUUAUCGGCUAAGUAAGUUAAAAAGAGAACUGGCUAUCAAUGAAUUGGGCGAGCACUUAAGUGAUUACGAGGAUGAAACUCAUGAGUCUAACGACAGAGAAGAUGAUGAAGAAGAAGAGGAGGAGGAAGAAGAAGAGUAAAUAAUGUCAUAAAAAAUAAGUGGAUGAAACUUGUGAAUCCGACAAUAGAGAAGAGGAUGAAGAAGAAGAAAAGAGAAAGAAUAAAUAAUGUCACAAAAAAUGUGAUUUGCAAUUGUUUACUACCACAUAGUUAAUUGCAAUUGUUUAAUACCAUUAUUUUUUUGUAAAUUUAAACGUUUCUGCUUAUUUUGUAAUGCACUACGGCAGCAUUUUCACUUUCCUCCAGACAACUAAAACUCCUCACUUAUGGAUACACUUUACAAAAUUGCCGCGAAUUUUCAAACUAUUUUUUAAUUGUGUGCUAUGUGUAUUACAUAUUCCCUAUUAUUAAUGAAUAUUCCAUAUGAAUGAAUUAUUCAUCAUUUUACCCACCAAAAAAAGAUACGCUAUGAAUAAUUACCAAAAAUGGAAAAAGAUAAAAAGGAAUUUUUAAUUCACCAGAGAUUGUGCUUUCUCUAUUAUCAACACAUUGUCCUUUUUUUUAUAAACCAUGUAUAGGAAAAAACCAGCUAAUGGCCUUUAGCGGAAAAUCGAAGCCACUUUGCAAGUGCAGAAAGAAGUGGUACGAAGUGAAACAUUG